AUGAAUCAGUGGCGCAUGCCAUUUGCUUCAUUUAUCGGUGUUAAUCAUCACAGCCAAUCCAUACUCCUGGGAUGUGCUUUGCUCACGAGUGAGGACAUCAAAACAUAUGCGUUUGUAUUCAGAACUUGGCUUACGUCCAUAGGCGAAACCUCUCCAACAACUAUCUUCACAGACCAAUGUAAGAGUAUUAAGGCAGCUAUUCGUAAGGUGCUGCCAAAUACUGUCCACAUAUAUUGCAUUUGGUACAUCUUUACUAAGCUACUUGUAAAGUUUAGGGGGAACAAUUAUAAGCGUGCCAAGGCUCCCUUCAAAGCGAUCAUCUUUGACAUCAUUACAAUUGUUGAAUUUGAGAAUAAAUGGCAUACCUUCAUUGAAGAAUACGACGUGGGUCGACGAAUUUGGUUCCAAAGUCUCUAUUCGGAACAGUCCAAAUGGGUUCUCGUAUUUCUCAAGCACUAUUUUUGGGCUGGCAUAGUAUCCACGCAAAGGUGUGAGUCAAUGCACGCCUUCUUUGAUGGCUACAUCAGCGUUCGUGGGAGGUUCGUUGACGUGGAAGGCCCUAGAUCAAUAGAAACAGAUCUUCACAUCAGAACUCCUUCUGUGAAGACGCUAGGAGAUGGGGAUCCGGAUACUAUGAUGUAUAUGACGAGGGACAAAGCAGUCAAGGUAGGAGUGACGGCAGGAGACGGGGUCGUAGAGGAAGUAGAGGAGGUGGGGUAUGUGGUAGUAGAGGAGGUAGACGCAAUGAUAUAA